AUGAAUCUAAUUUCCAAUACAAAUAGUGAAUUAAACAAAUGUUAUAUUAAAUUGAAGGAAGAAGAAGGAUUUAAAACAAAAACAAAAUUUAAUGUUUUAAUUUUUUGUUAUGUUUGUUUUUUUGUUUAUACUUGGUAUAUAAGUAUAAUAUGUUUGUAUCCAAUUAAAUUUAAUGAUUUAUAUUUUAUUUUUCAUUUUCUUUUUCAAGGAAUUGGUGCAGUAAUUCUAGGUUUAUUUUCAGAUAUAUAUGGAAGAAAAAAAUGUCUUAACAUUUCAUUUUCUAUCUUAUUUAUUAUAUUUUUAAUAACUUUUAUUACUGUAAAACCAUCUUUCUUCUUAUUUUAUGAAAAUUCUAAAACUCUUUUUAGAAGUGAAAAUUUUUUUAAUCUAAAUAUUUAUCCUGAUACUAACACAGAAAACUAUCGAAAUACUUAUAAAUACAUAAAUAAUUAUAAUGAAUCAAUUCAAAAGUUAGAAGAUGAUAAAGAUGUGAUUCAUAAAGAAAAUUCUCAUAAAAUUUUUAGAAAAAAUAAUACUAAUCAAUUAGAAAAUUUUAUUUUUAAUAACAAUGAUAAAUUGAGAAAAAAAAAUGCUAAUAAAAAAGUAAUUUCAAAUAGUUAUAUUAAAAUAGAUGAAAAUGAAUCAGAAAAAAUAAAUGUUAUAGACAAAAUUCAUUAUAAAAAAGAUGACCUUUCUCUUGAUACUAAUGAUAAUUUUGUAAUUGAAGACGAUAAAAAUAAUAAUAAAGAUAUAAAUAAUGAUCACAACAAAAAUAAUACGUACAUUUAUGAUAUAAAUAAUGAUAAAUCUAUUUAUGUCCCUUCUUCGAAUUAUGAUAAUUUAAAUAAAUACCUAGAAGAUUACAUAUUUAAUGAAAAAUAUAUAAAUCAUAAAAAUAAUAAUUAUAAUGGAAAAAAAAAAACAGAUAAUCCUUAUAAUAAAUUAAAUAAUAAUUUAUACAAAAAUAUAAAAAAAAAUAAGAUAAGGGAUAAUUUUAAAGAAUUGAAUCGUGAUUUAACAAAAAUCAUUAUUAGAAGUUUAAAUAAAAGAAGUACUCAAAAUUUUAGGAAUAAAUUUUUUAAAAAUCUAAUUAAGGAAUGUAUAAAAGAACAUUCAAAUAAAAGUUUUAUUAGAUUACAAGAUGAUAUAAUUGGGGAGAAUAAAAUGUUUAAUAUAAUUAAAAAAAAACUUAAUGAAACAUCUAACAAUACAAGUAAAAUAAACCAAAAUUUAACAGAUAUAAUAAACGAUGAUGUUACAAACAUAAUAAAUAUAUGUGUAAAUGAAAUAUUAUCAAUUGCAAAUAAGAUGAAUAAAUUUAAUUAUAAUAAUGAAGAAGAGAAAAAUCUUUUUAUAAAAAAUAAAAAAAUUAAUGAUGAUAAAAAAAAUGAAAAAAAUAAUGAGGAAAAGAAUGGGAUUAAUUUUAAAAGUGGAUUUAAAAAUACGAAAAAUGAGGAUUUUUUUUUAUUAAUAUCACGAAUAAUUUUUUAUAUUUUAACUUGUUUAAGUGGUUUUUUUAUUAAGGGAGUUAAUAACAUUUUAUGUAUCAUAAUAACAGAAAACAUCAAACCUAAUUACAAGACUAGAGCAGUAUGUCUUAUUUUUAUCAUUGAAAAUUUUUCUUUAAUUAUGAUUCGUUUAAUAUUUUUUUUCAACGAAGGCAAAAAUCUAUAUUUUUCAUUUAAAUUAAAUUUACUCCUUUUAGCUGUAUUAAAUAUAAUUAUAAUCUAUAUAUUAAAUAUUUAUUUUUCGAAUUUUAAUACGAACUUCAUAAAAAUGCAAAUAAAAACACUUAAAAAAAUGUGCCAGAAUCAUAAUCAAGCUUUACUAAGCUCUUUUAAUAAUGAUAAUGAAAAUAUAAUGCACAAAGAAAAUUUAAAUAAUGAAAAAAAUUCAAAAAAAAUUAAUAAAAAUAACAUUUGUAAUUUAAAAAAUAAAAACUACUAUUCUAAUAAUAAUUUUACUGAGAGACUUUUAAAUACGCCUAAUAUCUAUAGAUUAAAUAAUGACGAUAGUAAAAAUAUCUUAAUAGAUAAAUUUGACGAGAAUUAUAAUUUUGAUAAUUUAAAGAGUGACGUAAUUUUAAGUAACUUAAUGAAAGAAGAAAAUUACAGCACUGAUAAAAUAAGUAGAAAUAAUUAUCUAAAUAGUCUAAGUGAAAGUAUUAAAAUAAAUGAUAAAAAAAAAAAAGAUGAUAUGCACGAUAUAAAUAAAAUAUUUAUAGAUAUGAACUAUAAUAACAUAUCAGAUAAAAACAAUUUUAAAAAAAGAGAUGAUCACCUUUUAAGUGACAAAAUAAAUGUAAAUAAAAAUAUUUUAGAAUAUACAAAAAAUUUAAAAAAAAAUGAAACAUUUAAAAUAUAUAUGAAAUGGAUUUCUUAUUAUUUUGAUAUUCACAAAUAUUUAAUUGUAGCAUUAUGUUUAUUAUUUUUCCUUUUUAAUUUCUUAUAUAUAAGCUUUUUUAUAAUUUACAAUUUAUUUAUUUAUGAUAUAAAAAAUAUAUCAAAUUUUUAUAAAUUGAAUAAUUCGUUUAUAAUUGUGAAUUUGGUAAUUUUAAUUUUUUAUUUUUAUUUAUAUUUUAAAUUAAAUCGUAUUAUAUUAAAAAUAUUAAAUUUAUUUGGAUAUCUACUGAUUACAUUUGUAUCUUUUGGACUUAUAUUGUUUUUAUUUUCUACAUCUUAUUUUCAUUUUUCUUUAUGUGAUAAUACUUACAUUAUAUAUAUUGUAAUAUUUUAUUCAUUUCUGUUUAUACCUAAUGUGUCUUUAUUUUUAUUUUCUAUUAAUUCUUUUCAUACAAUAUGUAAGGGAGUCUUAAUAGGUAUUUUUGUUUUCUUUGGUAAUUUAGGAUUUAUUACAUAUUCAUUAAUCAAAUUUUUUAUAACUUUGAAAUAUUUUACAUUCGUUAAUUUAAUUUUUUCAUGUUUAAUUUGCAUAUUAUCAUCUAUAAUUAUGAUUUUGUUUAUUCCUCAAAUAAAUACAUCUAUUGAUCAUAAUUUAAUGGAUAAAAUUUAUUUUAAUCAUUUUUUAACAUAUAUUUAUAAUAAAAAAAAAGUUUCCCCUCUUUUUAGAACUAUUUCCAUUUCUUAUGAAGUUCAUAAUAAUUAA